AUGCAAGAGUCGUCGGACAUUUGGCCUUUGGUGCGGCAGGGCUCCUGGUCGCUGCUCACUGCCUUCGGCCGCAUCCUGUGCAUCACGCUGCUGGGAGCGCUGCUGGGUGCCGUGCUGGGCGCCGGGCUGAGAUUCGUUGGAGCACCCUUGACGUUAGGCAGCUCCUUGUUCUUUGCCCCGAUCCUUGGGGCGAUGCUGGGAGCCUUUGUGGGAGCUUUCCGGUGUGUGAGGUACUUUGCAGGCCUGUUGGAGGCUCUGCUGUUGUACCACCCUCGCAAGAGUCGAGACCUGUCUUUCAUGGAGAUGACUUGGGACUUGGCUGAUGUGGAGUACUCCUUGCAGACAGUGUCCUACGACCUGCCAGAAGUUGGCUCACAAACAGCAUAUUUGUUGAGACCCUCAGGCGAUAUCGAUACAUUGUGGGUUUUCUUUGGCGGCAAUGCUAUGCUUGCCAGAGAUUGGCUGAUGUUCUGCGACAAGGUGCUGACCCACACUUCGAGGACCACCAAUGCUUUCCUGUUGGUGGACUACCCUGGUUAUGGCCGCAAUGCAGGCGAGCCAUCUCCGGCGAGUGUGCUGAAAAGUUCGCACUUGGCGCUGGAGGCGACCUUAGAAAAGCUGCCCACGGUGCAGGUGCAGCUACUGGGUCAUUCCCUUGGGGCCGCAGCUGCAGCACAGUUAGCUGCAGAUUGGGACCUGCCGAGUGGGCCAGGUCUUUUGGUGCUUUCUGCACCCUUCAUCGACAUCCCUCACAUGGCCGUUCAACUCUUAAGCGUUUUGCUGUCCACUGGAUUGCCCAAACUCUACGCUGUUGCGGUAGAUGUCUUACCUUUCCAGGAGCAGACGCUGGAAAAGCUCUUACCAUCCUCUGGGUCCCUGGCCACCCUUGGGAGGAGGUUGAAGCCGUGGCUGGUCUCGCUUCUGUGGCCCAUUGUGCCACAUCGCUGGGACAACGGCAAGUCAGUGAGGCAGGCCACCAAGGCCGGAUGGAAAAUCCAUGUUCUACAUGGUGCGCAGGACGAAUUGAUCCCAUCGCAGAUGGGUCAGACGCUUGCAAACCUAUCUCAGAAGGAAGCGAGUAAACUUCGCGAUGACGCAUUCAGUGAAAUCCCUCGUGCAGGCCACAAUGACGUGGUGCUGAAGGGCUUCGAAAGAUAUAUGGAGCUGAUGGGUUUGACGGAUGCGAAUCCGUCCCCUCCGUCCAGCAGGAAGUGA